AUGGUGAGAUCGAAUGACAUUCCAGGGCUGGUCGUGGAGGUGACGGUAGGCGGAGAGGCCUUGAGGGAGUACCAAAAGGAUGAUCUCGAGGAUGUCGCACGCACGACCACACGAUACAUCGAAGCCGUGACGGGCCAGGAGUUCGUGGUGUCGAUCAAACUCCUCGAGGACUUCAAGUUCAUGGGCAACUGCCUCGCAGCGAAGGUCUACGCCGACGGAACUAUGCUGACAUCGGCGCUCAUGUGCUAUGAGCUUGAUGUCCGUGAGGUGGAGGGCAUUGAGAUAGGUGAUGAUACCGUCAGGAAGGCGAGUUUCGCUGAUGUCGAAAUCGUGAGCGAUCGUGGUGUUGUGCCGGGCGAGGCGUCCAAGGUCAAGAAUGUCGGUACCAUUGUGGUUGUUUUGUCGCACGAGCAGACUACCGAAGAGGACGACAGUGAGGAUGAAUACAUCCAAAAUGCGAUCGCAGCAAUCGAGAGCAUCUCCAAGAAGGAUGUGAAGGGGCAAGCGAUAUCGCACAAAGCAGAGUUCGCGGAUGCGAUGCCAUACUCGACGACAUACGUCAGCAGUCAGCCGGUCGUCGGAGAGCCCAAUCCUUUCGCCACGAUCGUCUUCCGUUAUAGGUCUCACGGAGCGAUGCUACAAGCCUUGCGCAUCAUCGAACGCACCCCCACGCCACCACCACCGGAAGAGCGUGACCAUGCUGCGCUCAGCCCAGAGGACAUAAGGGACAUGCAGCGGAGGCUGGUGGAGCUCACGAGGCAGCAGGAAGAGCACGUCCGCGUGAAGCGCGAGCGCGAGGAUGGGGAUGACAAUCCCCGCCCUCGGAGAGUAGCACGAGCGGCAGCCGGCGAUACCCAACUGGAGCUUGACGACACUGGUAGCUUCCGUGAUCGAUCGGAGACGCUCGCACCAGCUGAUAGGGUGGUCAUCGAGAUGAUUGAGGCAGCACCGUUGCGCAACGCCACACAGCAAGCUUGA